UUUCUGUGAUCCUGAUAUUCACGUCCUGCUCUUGGAAGCUCGUUACUGAACGACUGCCAAGUCCUCCUCUCAGGGUCUGCAAACUAAUCUGUCAGGGCAGCGAUGAGAUCCUUAUAUAGAAGAUUGUGAAGAGGCAAAGAGAGUGAUUGGACAGCAGCAGAUCUUUUUUUAAAAAAAGGAGGGACGUUCACUGUCGGAUCAGUUUCUCUGCAGACUAACUCAGCAGCGCUUCACUUUCCCAGCAGAUCCGGUCCUGCCUGUGUUGGUAAAAGGUGAAACCAAUAGUUUCUUCUUGUGUCCCGGAGGCAGCAGCACACUGCUGGAUCAGUCAGCUGCUGUUUGAGGCCUUUCUAAAAUAUCUGAGAGAACUCGCAGCUCCACGAGGUCCCGCAGCGCUCCUGAAUCUGAAGAGCUCCGACAGUCCCAGAGGAGACCUGCUGGAUCUCAGAGACCAGGACCGAGAGCGGGAUGGAGGAGGACAACCAGGACCCGGAGCCCCGGAGCAACAACGUCCCCGGAGGACAAACAGCAGGCUCGAGCUCUGAUAGCACCGAUGUUCAGGACUUGAUCCGAAGAGCUCCGACAGUCCCAGAGGAGACCUGCUGGAUCUCAGAGACCAGGACCAAGAGCGGGAUGGAGGAGGACAACCAGGACCCGGAGCCCCGGAGCAACAACGUCCCCGGAGGACAAACAGCAGGCUCGAGCUCUGAUAGCACCGAUGUUCAGAAAAGGAGAAGAAGAGAUGGAAUCAAACAUCAUCUCUGUCAACACUGUGACAAAUCCUUCACAACAUCUGGAUAUUUGAAGAUUCAUCAGAGACUUCACACUGGAGAGAAACCGUACAGCUGUGACCAUUGUGGGAAAACUUUCACUGCAUCAGGUCACCUAAAACACCACCAACGUGUUCACACUGGAGAGAAACUGUACUGGUGUGAACAGUGUGGGAAAAGUUUCACUCAAUCAGGUGACCUAAAAAAACACAAACGUGUUCACACUGGAGAGAAACCGUACUGGUGUGAACACUGCGGAAAAACCUUCACUCUAUCCGGUGACCUGAAAAUCCACAAACGUGUUCACACUGGAGAGAAACCGUACAGCUGUGACCUGUGUGGGAAAGCUUUCACUGUAUCAGGUAACCUAAAAAUCCACCAACGUGUUCACACUGGAGAGAAACCGUACAGCUGUGACCAGUGUUGGAAAGCUUUUACUGUAUCAAGUGACCUGAAAUCGCACCAACGUGUUCACACUGGAGAGAAACCAUACUGGUGUGAACAGUGUGGAAAAACUUUCAGUCAAUCAGGUAACCUAAGAAAACAUGAACUUGCUCACACUGGAGAGAAACCGUAUAGUUGUGACCAGUGUGGGAAAGCUUUCACUAUAUCAAGUGACCUGAAAACGCACCAACGUGUUCACACUGGAGAGAAACCGUACUGGUGUGAACAUUGUGGGAAAACCUUUUCUCGAUCAGGUACCCUACAAAACCACCAACGUGUUCACACUGGAGAGAAACCGUACAGCUGUGACCAGUGUGGGAAAGCUUUCACUACAUCAAAUCACCUAAAAAUCCACCAACGUGUUCACACUGGAGAGAAACCGUACUGGUGUGAACAGUGUGGAAAAACUUUCGCUCAGUCAGGUACCCUAAAAAAGCACCAACGUACUCAUCAGAGUGUUCACACUGGAGAGAAACCGUACUGGUGUGAACAGUGUGGAAAAACUUUCGCUCAAUUAGGAACCCUAAGAAGACACCAACGUGUUCACACUGGAGAGAAACCGUACAGCUGUGAACAAUGUGGAAAAACUUUUGCUCUCUUAGGAGACCUAAAAAAGCACCAACUUGUUCACACUGGAGAGAAACCAUACUGGUGUGAACAGUGUGGAAACACUUUCACUCAAUCAGGUGCUCUAAGAAGACACCAACGUGUUCACACUGGAGAGAAACCUCACUGGUGUGAACAGUGUGGACUAACUUUCGCUCGAUUAGGAACCCUAAGAAGACACAAACGUGUUCACACUGGAGAGAAACCGUACUGGUGUGAACAGUGUGGAAAAACAUUUGCUCUCUUAGGAGACCUAAAAAUCCACCAACGUGUUCACACUGGAGAGAAACCGUACUGGUGUGAACAGUGUGGAAAAACAUUUGCUCUCUUAGGAGACCUAAAAAUCCACCAACGUGUUCACACUGGAGAGAAACCGUACUGGUGUGAACAGUGUGGAAAAACAUUUGCUCUCUUAGGAGACCUAAAAAUCCACCAACGUGUUCACACUGGAGAGAAACCGUACUGGUGUGAACAGUGUGGAAAAACAUUUGCUCUCUUAGGAGACCUAAAAAUCCACCAACGUGUUCACACUGGAGAGAAACCGUACUGGUGUGAACAGUGUGGAAAAACAUUUGCUCUCUUAGGAGACCUAAAAAUCCACCAACGUGUUCACACUGGAGAGAAACCGUACUGGUGUGAACAGUGUGGAAAAACAUUUGCUCUCUUAGGAGACCUAAAAAUCCACCAACGUGUUCACACUGGAGAGAAACCGUACUGGUGUGAACAGUGUGGAAAAACAUUUGCUCUCUUAGGAGACCUAAAAAUCCACCAACGUGUUCACACUGGAGAGAAACCGUACUGGUGUGAACAGUGUGGAAAAACAUUUGCUCUCUUAGGAGACCUAAAAAUCCACCAACGUGUUCACACUGGAGAGAAACCGUACUGGUGUGAACAGUGUGGAAAAACAUUUGCUCUCUUAGGAGACCUAAAAAUCCACCAACGUGUUCACACUGGAGAGAAACCGUACUGGUGUGAACAGUGUGGAAAAACAUUUGCUCUCUUAGGAGACCUAAAAAUCCACCAACGAGACCUAAAAAUCCACCAACGUGUUCACACUGGAGAGAAACCGUACUGGUGUGAACAGUGUGGAAAAACAUUUGCUCUCUUAGGAGACCUAAAAAUCCACCAACGUGUUCACACUGGAGAGAAACCUCACUGGUGUGAACAAUGUGGAAAAACUUUUGCUCUCUUAGGAGACCUAAAAAAGCACCAACGUAUUCACACUGGAGAGAAACCGUACAGCUCUGAUCAAUGUGGCAAAUCUUAUACCAACAGGAGAAACCUUCGAAGACACAAAUGCAUCCAGAAAGCAUCAGUGUGACAUUUUUCACAGAGCCGAGCUAGCGGUUUCCUGCUGCCCUGAAUACAACCACCUGUUAUCAUGUGACUGUGCUGGACUAACGUCAUGUGAUGACAGCUGCGGAAGUUUGAUUUGGAAAGAGCUGGAAAGAGUCAUGCGGCAUUCACAUCAAAUGCAAGUUUAAUCCAUGCAACGCUUUCAUCGCAGGGGUUUUAUUGCUGGACAGCUGCCAAGUGUUCACACACAACGUGAUAACGCAAAUAAUCACAACUCGCCGUUACUACAGCUGUAUGAACCCAAAGUAAACAUUUUGCUGUGAUUACAUAGCAAUAAACAGAUCAAACUGACGCUGAAAUAAUUACAAUAUGAUGCAGAUUUGUUUAAACAUUUGAAUUCAUGCUUUAUCAGGCUUGUCAUUAAGACAGCAGGACAACUGCUUCUAAAAUGUUUGUUUUCUGAAUGGAGUUUGGAUCGAUCAGUUUUAUCUGUUUUUUUUAAAUAAAUAUG